GCAACGGCAUGGAACCAUUCUCCCUCGCGAGGACUUUUUCUCGCUCUAGUCCCGCUUUGGUCUUAGUCCAGGCCAUCGCGUCUCGUGGUUCUAUUUUGCUCUACUUUUGUGAUGUCGUAGCUAGCCAGCUGCAGUUCGAUCGCAGUUGAUCACACUCGUGUUAGCGAAACUGCUGGAAGCCCGGUUAUUGCGAGUGUUCCCGAUUAGUUCUAUAGGAGCUUGUAUCAAUAAUGCUUACUGGUGGAGUGUACUGUGAACCAGUAAGGAAGAGUUCCUGGAGUUGAACUACUCGUUCUCUCGUUUUUGAGUUUAGAAGUAUUCGUUUCGCAAGCAGUGGCAGCAGGUUCCUUUCAACGUUUGGAUCAACUUCUCGAUUUCCAGAAAGAGGAAGAUACACGUUGUAGCAGUGCUGUGAAACCGAGGUUUCGUGGCGUGCUCCCGCGCUAGAUAUCAUGGCUCAACGCCGUAUUUCUACAUGAAUCUCAAAUGUUACUAGUCCUUUUGAUAUGUGAUAGAGGGGUAGAGGCUAAGUUCAACUCUUUUCUCUCUUGGAAAACUCUCCGUGAUUUUAUACAUUUUCAUAGUGCGCUCUGUGUAGUUGAAAGUCUACUGCGUCCUCUCCUUAAUUUCACCCUCUGAAGUUUCGGCAAUGCUGGACUUCGCGCACUCCGACCUCAUUUUACUGCGAAGCUCCCUUGUAUUGAACUUGUACUCAAACCUUAAACUGGGCUGAUAAAUGAUGCAUGCAGGUGUUUGGGUUAGAGAAUGCACUAAAAACAUGGUGUCAUCGUAGAUAAUGAAAUUGGUAGAGCUAAAGCCUUGUCAUCCGAAGUUGUGAAGUUUUCUUUCCUGUCGAGGACUUAAAGAUGGGAGAGUUCGCGAUGCCUCAAGUCACUUUGGAGUUCGCUUUGACCCAGCCUGCAGCUAUUGUGGAAUACUGCAAGCAGCUUAUGGAUUCUGUGAAGAUGUUAGAAAGGCAGGUGCAGGGAUUGGUCAGAGAUGAUCGUGCUAGUAAGUCAGCUGAAAAGAAUCGCAAGGAGAAGCAGUGGCAGUUGGAAAGAGAGAGACUCCUUUUUGACUUGGAAGUUGCUAACCAUGGGCUCGUGGAAAAGGAAGAAUCCUUGAACAAACUUGAGAAGGACUUCCAGAUCGCCAAAUCAGCUGCUGGACAGCUGCAGAACAAGCUUCAUGAAUCAGAGAGAAAGAGGGAGAGGGAUUUACUUGAGAACGAUCGACUGAAGGGUGCUAUUGAGGAUGCUCAACGUACCAUUGAUGAGUUACAGAAAAGCUGCAGUCUCAAAGAUGAGGCGGCAGCGAUACAACGAAAGGCUUUCAGUGAUUUGUCGAAAAGGAUGGACUCUCAUAAGAAGGAGCUCGAGAAAACUUCGGAGGAGUUAGGGCAGAAAGAGGGGCAACUUGCGGACUUGAAACUUGAGAAUGAAAGUACGAGAAAAAAGUUGGAGGAGAAAAAUAAUUUUUUUGACUCGCUCAAGCAAGAUUACGACAAGCUUCGCCUAGCUCACCAAGGUAUGCAGAGUGAAGGGAUGAUGGAUCGAGAAGAUGUUCUAAGAAAUCUUGAGGAGAAUGAGGCCCUUUGUGAAGAACAAGCUUGCACGAUAAGAAAGUUGGAGAAAGAGCUGAGAAAGAUGAAAAGCCAAGCCAAACAGAUGGAGACAAAGUGCUCAUCAGCUGAAGCGGAAGUAAAUGCUAAAACCGCACUGCUAUCUAAGGCACUUGCCGACCUGGAGGCCUCCAGUUUGAGCGUGACCGAGCUGGCUUCGGCGAAGGAGGCAGCUGUAGUUCUUGCGGAGAAGAUGAUGGAGUUUGAAAAAGAGCUUAUUCAAGAGAGAGCACUAAGAGAUUCGGCCGAACGUGCCCUUCAAGAUUUUAAGAUCCGGGAAUCACACUUGCUUAGAGUGGAGGAAAAUUUUAAUGAUCUUCUAGAGAAGGCCAAGUGGAAGGAUGAGCAAUUUGGGUCAUUGGAAGAAGCACACCGAAAAUUGCAAAUCCAGUUGAAGGUAAGCGAGAGCGAGUGGGAUAAUGAGAGGGCACAGAUGGUAAGAGAAAUUGAUUCCCUGCGUGAUGGAUUGGAGGCCAAGGCCAAGCUUGCCCAGCAUCUCAACUCACAGCUGGAUAUGCUGCAACAAGCCCUUGAUCAUGAACACCUCCACCAGACGGAUUUGGAGCGAGGGAUGGCUGAUGCGAAAGCUAGUAUGAAUUUGGCCGAGAGGGAAUUUGAAAAGGCCAGGUUGGCAUUUGACAUUGUGCGAGAAGAGCUUGCUGCCAAAGCAACUCUUCUGGAUGAAUAUGCUGCUAGAAUGGAAUGGGAGCCGACAGGGUUAGGAUCCUGGCAGAAGGACACAGUGCAAGAUGAUGGUACAUUGGAGUGCUUGCAUUCUGACUCUCGAGGUGCAAGGACAUCUAUGGAGCUGCAAGAGCCUCUGAAUGAAUCACCCGAUGUACAGAAGAACCCAGAUUCAACUGAAUUGGCGACGAAAUUUAACAAAACUGAAAUAGCCUGGGAUGAAGAGAAAGAACGGGUUCAUAGAUUUGUGCGUGACGUGGAGACAUGCUUGGCAUGCAAGGGUGUCAGACUCAUAGAGCUUGGAGUUGAAGUCGGCGAAUCGAGGUCUUUGGUUAACGCUCUAAGUGAUCUGGAAGCUAAGUCCUGUGUAUCAGGUUUGAAUAAGUUGAACAUUAGUAACUCCAAAAAUCCUGGUGAGAGUUUGGAGGUUGAAGAUACAGUGCUCCGUUCUUUGACGGACAAGCGUCGGGAAAUUUAUGUGCCACCCCAGAUUGAACAGGUCAACCAGAACCAAGAGGUUUUGGUUGCACAGGAGGCCAGCAUGCUCGAAAUUAAAAGGUUGAAGGAGCAGGUCUCAGAAAUGGUUGACCUUCAUGCGCAGAAACAAAACUUGAUAAAACAAAGAGAUCUAGACCUGAAAAAAUUGCAGGCUGCCCAUGACAAGGCGUUGGCGCAAUUCCGAUUAAAUGAAAAAACUUUGCAUGACGAGAAAGACAAACUUAUCUCCGAGCUCGAUGCCUACGAGUUUAAGGAACUCGAGAAUGAGAGGCAGAAAAAGGAAACUCAGACUAACGUGGAGAGACUCGAGGGUGUCAUAAGCAAGCUUGAAGCACAGAUUUCGUCAAUGAAGAAGGACAUUGUUGACCAAAGCUUGCUUGCGGAGCUUGCGAAAGAUCACCUGUCGACUGAAAUAUUAGAAGUGGAGAGACUGAAGGCGGAGUCCCACUUGCUGAGUGAGACAUUCGCAGCUUCCAUGGCUGCCAAGGAUGCGACCCUAGAGCAACUCCGACAACAUGUGCUGGAAUUAGAUGAUAUUUGUGCUGGGCUUAAAGAAGCAGUCAACCGAGAGACCUCACAAUCUAAAUCCUUAGAGGGACAGCUGAAGAUGAAGCAAGAGCUUCAACGCGUUCUGGAACAUCGCAUCUGUGAUUUGAAUAUAGAGUUGGAUAAAUCUACAAAGGAGACCGAAAGGUUAUCUCAAGUCGAGCUUCUCUUGCUAAAUAGGAUCCAUCAGCUGGAAGACGAGUCCGAGCUCAAUAAAGGCGCAUGCGAGGGGCAACUAGAGAGCUUGAAUGCUCAGCUCUCACGAUGUCAGGACAAUCUCCACGAGGUUGCGGAGGAGCUGGAACGUAUGAGUACCGAGAGAGACGCCCUCUUGAGCAAUUUAAGCUCCAUGGAAGCAGAGAAAGCAGAACUUAGAGAGGAGAACCAAGCACUUCUCAGAGACAAGUUGCUUCUCCAAAGCACUUUGAAUCUAUUUGAGGCUAAGCAGCUGGAGUUAAUUAAAGAGUUAGAGGUCAGUGAAACCACUAUGGCAAAGCUGUGUGCAACUCAUGAAGAAGCUGAAGCUGGUCUCGCUUCUAAGAGUGAGGAGUUGCAGGAGAUGAACUGGAAAUUGAGCAAUGUGGAAACGUUGAAGUUACAUCUGCAAAUAGCUCAGGAAAAGAAUCAAGAAAUGGAGGAGAUACUAAGUGAGACCAGAGCAACUGUGGAAGAGAAGGAGGAGCGCCUAGCAGCUUCGGAAUGGGCUGUGCAGCAAUUGGCAUCUGAGAUUGCUAAAGCUAAGCACAGCUUGAAGCAGAAGGAGCGUGAGGAAUCUUUUCUGCAAGCACGUCUCUCUGACUUGGAAAUACAUUUGAGAGACAAGGAGAGAGAGAUGGAAGAGAUGGAAAUGUACUUAAAUGCUAUAAUGCAGUCAAAUGAAGAGAAGCAGGCAGACAUUGACACCCUGACUCUUAAGAUGCGAGACCUGAAGAAAGGGGCUGAUGAGUGGAAGCUCAGGGAGAUUGAUCUAGAGACAGAAUUGUACGAUCUCCGAAAUUCUUUAGAAGAGAGCGAAGAAGCCUUGGAAAAGAUUAAGGCCGAAGUGCAACUUGGCUUGCAAGAGCGCAAGAGCAUGGAGGAUGCUAUCGACAGCUUGAAAAAGCAACUGUCUGAUAAGGGAUUGGGAUGCUCCGACAGACAAUUUGAGAUGGACCAAUUGUGCCACGAUCUGGAGAGUGCCCAAGAAGCCGCAACCCAGAGUAGCUCUCAGUUGCAAGAUCUUCAGCAGAGACUUCCACAGCUGGAACAAAGCUGUGCAGACCGCAUACGGAAAGAGAAAUCCGAGUUUGAUGAAGUUGUACAAGAACUCCAGAUUAUCCAAAUUAAGCUUCAGAGUUGUGAAGUGAAUUUGGAAUCCACCCGGGCUGACCUCAGUCAGUAUAAAGAGAAAUGCGAUAGUCUAGUCGAGGCUGUGGUAGAAAAGGACAGCAUUAUCGAAGAUUUGAAAGGAAUGCUUGCAAGUGCACGAUACGAUUCGGCGCAUCAAACCACGUUGGUUCAACAAGCUUCUAGAGAACGAUUACGAGCGCUUAAGGAUUUAGAUAAUAAAACUGAGAUCCUAAAGAAGCUGGAGGUGUCCGCGGCCAAGACGGACAGCACCCUUGGAAAUAUGGAACUAAACAAGGAGAAGCUGGAGCAAGAGGUGAAACGACUGAAGAAGUCGCUCGAAAAUUUAAGAAAAGAAUCUGCCUCUAAUGCGCACGAAGCUGAGCGAUUCAAGUGCAAAGUCGAGGAACUGCAGGAAAUCACUGAUCAGUACAGUGAUGCCCAGGUGUUAAUCUCUCAGCUCACUAAUGAGCUGCAGGUGACCUCCAGUACGGUUGAAGAGCGUGACUCCCGACUGUUGAAGCUUCAAGCGUCCCUGACUUCUCUCCAAGAUGAAUUACGGAUGACGCAGGACAUGCUAGCUGAAAAGGAAUGUCACAGAGAGCAUCUAGACGUCCAGUUGACCAUGAUGAAGAGUCAAAUGGAAAAGAACGAGGCAGAGAUUCUACAGAUGCAGGACGCUUUGAAACUGGCCGAAAGUGAGCUGCAGACGGCAGGAGAUAGUGUCCUGCGAUACGUUCAAGACUUACAGAAUCUCCAAGCAGCGUUGGAUGUCUCACAAGCUCAAGUUGCAUCUCUAAGUGAAGAGGGAUUCAAAAGAAAACUAGAGACUGAAUCUUCUAUAAAGGAACUGCAACUUGAGUUAUCGGUUUGGGUGGAAAGGGCGGAAAAUUUGACUACUAAGAAUAUGAAACUUGAUAGCGCCAUGCAGAAGUUGCAAUGUGAGCUUGAAAGAUGGAGGGAAUCGGCAGAUGUCGCAGCCUGUGAGGGCAGAACGGCAAGGGAACAGAUCGGAACGGCAGUCAAUGGGUUAUAUAAAGAACUAGAAGAUUUUUGUCAGCAUUUAGUAAUUGUCGAAGGAGAAGGUAUUGACAAAUUCGCGGAGCUGGAGGCCAGACUACAAAUAGCGUUUGAGGAAUUGAAGAGUCUACAUAUGAGCACAGAAGUCGCCAGUGCCAAAAAAGUUGAGCUUCUUAGCUCCACAAUAAAAUUGUUGUUUGUGGGCCUUAGAGGAUGGAGGAAUGAAUUACGCAGCUCAGUUGAGAACGACCAGCUGGCGAGGAAGGAACUCUAUAUCUCCAUUUCAGAUUUGAAAUUAGAAGUGGAGCUUUGGAAGUCAAGAGCUACAGCCGCCGAGGAUGCAGUGGAGGGCGUACGAGUCGAGUUUGUAGAUUUGUUGAAAGAGUUGCAGAAGGAGGUGGACCUCUGGAAAAGUAGAACUGAGCAUUGCAACACAUCGAAGUUAGAUCUUGAGCGCUCUGUGGAAUGUCUUCAGCGUGAGCUUGCAGAGUGGAAAGCUAAAACUGUUGCUGCAGUUGAUGAAGAGAGGCGUGUCAAGAUGACCCACGAGGCAAAUUUGGUGGAACUUCAACAGGAGUUGGAGGUUUGGAAGGGGAAAUGUGAUUCUGUAGUGGAAGUGCUAAAUCAUCAGAAACUUGUGUAUGCAACGUCACUGAACGAUAUACAAACUGAGCUGAAAGACUGGAUGAACAAGGCAUCAACAGCAAAUCUAGAGGCGGACAAGUCAGCUACGGAAGUUAAACUGUAUCAAGGAAAAGCUUCAGCGGUUGCUGAUGAGAUGAAACAGGUGCAGUCGCAGCUUCAGCAAGCUCUUAGUGCUGUUGUAGACCUCAAAUUGCAACUUGAGCAUGAGAAGAACAAAGUUACUACGACAGAGAUGGUAACCCAGCAGUUGCAGCAUGAUCUUACGAUAGCUCAGGAGGAGGCUACCUCCAGAAAAGCUAAGAUGUCGCACAUCCUCUCUCAACUUGAAAGCGCUCACGCUAGUCAAAAGAGUCUUCAGAAACUCUUGAGAAUGCAACACGAGCGUCUCCUGCAGGAUAAUGACCUUGCAAGUUCAAAUGGGGCAUGUUCAGAGGUGAAUCACAGAGAUAUAGCAUCUACACUGCAGGAUCUCUCGCUGAAGGACAUGGUAAUCCAAGAUCUGCGGUCUAAACUCUCAGUGUCCAAGUCGGCGAUUACUCGACUAGAAUCCGAAAGGCUCGGCAGUGAAACAGUGACUCAAUCUGCGGAGUUACUGCACACACAAGAUCAGCAAUCAAAUUCUGGAGCGGGAAAGACACAUUUCAGGAUGGGUUUCGGAGAUGUUCAGCUGGCACACUUGCAUACUUCAGGAUCCCAUUCGCACAGAGCUGGGAAUUCAACUUUGCUGUCAUCAAACCACAGCCCCAAGGCCCCGACGACCAGGAGGCGCAAUGUAUCUCCACGAGUGCAUGUCAGCAAAUCUGCCUCACGCAUAUCUUUUACCGAUUCAUCUAGCUGUAAUGUUUUGAGCGAAGCUAACGAGAACUCCCUCGCCUAUGGUCCUCGCAGCUUUGCCCCCCUUACAACUUCGAGGAAAUCUAGAGAUAAUCAGUCAACCCCGUUCAUGGGUUCGCUGCUUUGAUUUGGAUUACGAGCAGCCUCAUACAAUUGUAACCUUGAACUCCAGGAUUAAUCUCCUAUUAUGCAGGAGAGAAUCUGAGUUGUACAGCCAUUGUUGAUGAGGGGACCUUUUGGAACACCUAAAGCGAACAAAUGGUAGUGUUUCGUGAACCUGCCGACCACCAUAGCUGUUCACUUACUGCCUAGUGUAAAUAUGUUGUGUCCUCGUCGGACUGUAAGGAUUCCGCCAAUCAAUUAGAUGAGAGUAGCUGACUGCCACAGCUGUUGUGAUGGCUUUUGUGAGCAGCGUGGCAUAAUCUUCCGUUUGGUAUCUCCUUGUAGCUGAUUGAAUUAAGUUAUUCCAGCUGGUGCCAACCAACUUGGUCAUAGUCGCCAAUCUGGUGUGUUAAUUGAAGUUGACUGAGUUGCUACCUUGCGCUGAAUGUCAUCUUUAUUGUUUAGGUUCACCUGCUCCGCAGGACAGUUGAUCUUGGUCUGAUAAGUUAUUGAGCAGGGAUUGGAUCGGUC